AUGGCAGAUGAAAUGACGUUGAGAGCCGAUGUGAGAGACAAAGGGAGGGCGAACGCUGCUGAGGAGGGCUCUUGCCGGGUGAGAGGAGAAAGGAUUCAAUUUGAGGCUCAAGUCAGAAACUGUGGACCUGCAGAGAUUGAGGCUGGGGACACCAGUGGGGACACAGAUGCUCAGCAGCCCAGAGAGUGUGACAGAUCCUCUCCCCCUCAGUUCUCUUUGAAAACGUACCUGAGGAGAUCUUUCUCCACAGCUUCUUCCUCCAUAGAGUCCCUGUCUUCUUCACCGCAGAGCAACAUGGGAGUUGACUGUGCAGGAAUCAUCCUCAACUGCCUCUUCUGCCGCUUCUACAGCAGCAACUGCUGCCCCAACUACAAGCAGGUCGUCACGGCAGCAGAGUCUGCAUCCAGCAGCGACGAUGACUCUUGCACGGACUUGGACUGUGGUCUGCUCAUUGCCUGUAAUGAAGGAGGGGAUUGUCUGGAGCUGGCGAUGGAGGUUUCUGAGUUAUGCUUCCACUAGGAGGAAAACAAUACUCAUUACCCUAAGGAACUUGAUGGAUAAUCAAAGAUCAGACUGUGAAGUGGACAGUUUCUUCAGUCUAAAACACUGAUUAAAUGCACAGAAAAUAAUAUUGAAGCUGUUACAUGCAACAUUUGUGGUGUUAAAAUGACAAUAAAUAUAGAUAAUGCAUCUGUGAAUGCAUGUGACCUUGUAUCUAUAUAAUAUAAUGUCCCAAAUCUAUGAAACGGACCCAUUUCAUCUCAGACAGUUUAACUUUGACAGGAAAAGCCAAGUGGACCUAAAUGAUUGACAACGGCUGUUACCCAUUUUUAAAGCA